AUGAACGACCUCAAGGCCCUAAUCAUGGCUAAAAAACGGGCGCUAGCCGAAGUGGUCACUGAUAUUGUAAGUUUUUCGCUUCUCUUUGGUUUUAUUUUUUUAGAAUGGCACAAAAGCCUUGAAAAUGUCGGAUGUCCUGAAGAAAAAGGAAGAGGAACGAAAAGAAACCGAAUCUAAACGUCAGAAGUUAGAGAACGUUGAAAAUCAGGUUGGUUUUGUGCAUUUUCAUCCUUUCUCUUAUGAACAAUGUAAAAAUUUUUCGAUCCCUUCAAAAACGAUGUUUCUAGAGUACCAGCAAGUUUCCAGCAGAGAUCAAUUUGGAUGACGAUGCUGAAAUUCCACGGGCAGACGUUAUACGAAGGCUACGAGCUCGAGGAGAGCCGAUUUUACUGUUUGCCGAGACAUUCCGCGAAGCCCAAAAAAGGUUAAGAAAAUUGGAAAUUGAGCAACCAGAGUUGAAAGAAGGCUGGAAGAACGAGUUUCAAGCAGCUUUGGACAAAGUUAAUGAAGAGUUAGUUCAUGAAGUCAUCAAGGGAACAGCCAAUAAACCACAGAAGGGUCAGCAUGAUGUAAAUAUGCCCGAUUCACAGGCAGAAAGUUGGGAUCAGAUAUCGGUAAGUGUGUUUGUUAUUAUUUUUUUGGUAUUUAGGAGUUGUUGGACGUCAAGAUUUGCAUCGUACUUAGUCUUAGCAAUGUUAUGCAUUGUUUUGGAUUCAUACUUCCAUUUUAGAGUAUGGCCACGCUUCUCGACCGGGAUAACGAUUCAAAUCGAGACUGUGACAUUAUUCACUCCUUCUUGGUCCAUAUUCUGAAGAAGUGGGGAAACGAACUAAACGAUCGAGACGAAGAAGUCAAACGAUCUCCAGUUGGAAAGCUCGAAUCGGGAACUCACAUCCAAACAAUGACUAAUCUGCGGCCUCUAAUGGGUCAAUUGAAGGCGCAUCAAUGUCCAAAUGACAUUCGAGGACAUUUAUGCAAGAUUAUAAGGCUCUGUGUACUUGAUCGGGACUUUGUUCAGGUAGUGCAAUAUAUUAGGUUGAACGGAAAGUUUUGGCACUUUUAGGUGUAACGUUCUUCAAAAAAGUGAUAACAAAAUUUUGUUUUUUGUAUUCGAUAGAGAAUUUUGUUGCGGUUAUUUUGAUAUAUAACUUUAUAUGAUUCCAUCUAGUAUGAGCUUGUCACGUGCUGAUAUUCGAAAGCUGCUCAAAUAUGAGUUUUUGCAAGGAGGCAAUGCGUCAAUGGCCGUAGAACGCAUCAAUAAAGCCCACGGACCGGAAAGCGUUAGCCGGAGGACAGCAUUUAGAUGGUUCUCCAAUUUCAAGUCAAAAAAGAUGGGGACCGAUGAGAAGAAACGAAGUGGCAGGCCGAAAACCGUCGAUCGGACGGGUGUCGUCAACGCUAUCCUGAUUUUCGAUCAGCGAAGUUGAUGUUGUGCGUGUGGUGGGACCGACGCGGGCCAAUCCACUGGGAAUUGAUGCCAAAAGGUCAAACAAUCACGGCCCAAGUGUAUUGUGAGCAAUUGGAGCGGGUUCGACGCAAACUGUGCAAUCGCCGAAUUCCUGUCAAAACCCCACGCGGCUCGUUUGACGCGCGAUAAGUUGGCAGAAAUGGGCUGGGAGGUGCUGCCACAUCCCCCAUACAGUCCGGACAUCUCGCCCACCGAUUUCCACUGGUUUCGGGACCUGGAGCAUUGGAUUCGUGGCAAAAAAUUUGAGAAUCGCGAAGAAGUCAACGAAUUUUUCGCUUCAAAGCCUCGUGCUUGGUACGCCCGUGGAAUCAACCUGUUCGAAGAACGCUGGGAAAAAGUAAACAAUUCUGGCGGAGAAUACUUCGAAUAACUUAUUUUUCAUUUUAGUUGUUAUCGAUUUGUUGUUGUCGUUAAAAUAAAAGUUUUUGAAAAAGUGCCAAAACUUUCCGUUCAACCUAAUAAUAUUUGAUAAUUUUAUGUUAGAAUUAAUCUCUAACGUCUCAACGUUUCAGGCAAACAAUGCGUACAUGGAGAUGGCAAUAGGAAACGCCCCAUGGCCAAUGGGUGUGACCCGUUCCGGUAUCCAUCAACGUCCCGGCUCAGCCAAAGCCUAUGUUUCGAAUGUUGCCCAUGUCCUGAACGAUGAAACUCAGCGAAAAUACAUUCAUGGAGUAAAGAGAAUCAUCACGAAAUGUCAGGAUUACUAUGCCACAGAUCCCUCCAAAUGUGUGGAAUACGUGAAAAAAUCAAAAGAUUAG